AUAUAUUUAUAUCAUGAAACGUUGACAAAAGGAAUAUGUAUGCUGAUCUCGAAUGAGCACUUUGGAGAAGUUUAAAUCUCGUCAAUUAUAAAUCUCCUUCCACGACCGCCUUAGUUUUUUUUUUCUCUUUGCCUUAUCUAUUUUAUAAUGUAUAGCCAGCCAAUAAGUUAUCAUUUCAAUGAGAUUCAUCAUGAUCCCAAUGCCAUUCUCUAUAUAAAUUGUCGCAACCAUGUGAUGAAAAAACACAACAACCCAUCUAUACCAUUUUUCUAGCUAAAAUUAAACUAACACCUUUCUAAAUUGAAACCAUUGUCACAUAACACAUGGCUAACUUGAAAUUCUUGCUGUGCUUGUUCUUGAUCUGCGUUUCCUUAUCGCGUUCAUCAGCGUCUCGACCGAUGUUCCCAAACGCAGACGGGAUUAAACGAGGGCGUAUGAUGAUAGAAGCAGAGGAAGUGUUGAAAGCGAGUAUGGAGAAGCUAAUGGAGAGAGGUUUUAAUGAGUCCAUGAGACUCAGUCCUGGAGGUCCCGAUCCUCGCCAUCACUAAGUCUUAUUCUCGUAGUUUUGAAUUCGAGGAUGUAUAUUUUGUUCUUGAUCGAGAACCGGUUUAGAAGAAAACAUAUCGAUCCUCUUUGUUUGUUUUUUUUGCCUUGUUUGUUCGUUCGGUGUAACCAAUAUAUUGAUGUAUCUGUUUCGUUACACAUUUAUGAUUUGUGCAUGCUUUACGUACCUUAUACAUUCCACUAUAUAGUAGUCUAGUAGAGAGGAGGACUUUGCAUAUAAAUUGUUAUAUAACAAGAAAGGGUAAAGAAAUAUAGUAUGAUAAGG